AAAAAGGCUCAUGACUUCGGUUUCCUGUUUAGGAAACACGCACGACUUUUUAAAGGGACAGUGGCUUGUGAUGACAGUUCCCCAAGUGCCAGCUGCCCUCCUUCACCGAAUCGAACAGGAACUGGACGCGGAGGAAAGGGAAAUCAUGCAGUAUUUGUGCCGAGAUCUUGUUCCUGACGUACCUGCGUCAGAGACACGGAAACUCUUUGUGGCUUUGAACGAGAUGGAGAUACUGACGCCCAGCACCUUGUCUGAAAUCCUGUACAGAUUGAAGAGAUUUGACUUGCUGAGGAAAGUCCUGGGGACUGGGAGGGCAGCUGUGGAAGCCCAUUUGUCUCGGUAUCCCCCGUUGAUACCAAAGUACAGGGUGCUAAUGGCAGAAAUCAGCAAGGAACUGGAUAAAGAAGAUCUGCGUUCCUUUAUGUUCCUCAUGAUGAACGAUACAUCCCACGGGAAGACAACAAAAGAGAAGACUUUCCUGACAAUUAUAACUGACCUUGAGAACCUAGAUCUGGUGUCUCCUAGCCGCCUAGAUUUUCUGGAAGAUUGCUUCUUGCACAUGUGCAGGAGAGACUUGGUGAAGAGGAUCCAGAAGUUCAAGCAGGAAGCUCCAGAGCAUCCCAUUGGCUCUUCGUCGGUAUGUGCUAGCAGACUUCAGGCAUCUUUUCCUGAGCUGUCUAUUGCUGAUCCUCCAAGGGUUGGGAACCAAGGAAAGCUGUCAAAUGGAGAAUGUGCCUUUCAGGCAGCAAAGGUUAACAUAUCAAUACCAGAAACAGGAGGAGCCCAAGCACAGGUCCUUAACAAAUACAGAAUGCGGAGCAAGCCCUUGGGAGUAUGCUUGAUUAUAGACUGCAUUGGCAAUGAUACAAGUAUGCUGGCAGAAGCCUUCAGUGCCCUGUCCUUCGAAGUCCACUGUUGCCUGUUCCUGAGCGUGGACUCCUUGGUGCGCAAGCUGUUCGAAGUCGCGAGGCUGAAGCAGCACAAGGACUACGACUGCUUCGUUUGCGUCCUCAUCAGCCGAGGGAACGAACACGGCAUCUUCUGCACUGACCACGGUGUUCCGGCAUUCUCCCUGGAGAGGGUGAAGAAUUUCUUUACUGGGGAUGCGUGUGUUUAUCUCUCGGGGAAACCGAAGCUGUUCUUCGUCCAGAACUAUGUUGAGCCCGGAAGCAGGCAGGAGAAUACCAGCUUAAUAGAGACAGAUGGAGGAGAUCUGUGUACCAUCCCACAAGCAGCAGACAUUCUCUGGAGCCAGUGUAUGCUGGAUGCAUCACACUUGGAGAGGUUGCAGAGUCCAUCGUCUUACUACCUGUCUGCUCUAGCUGAGCUUCUGACUGAGCCACACAAAAGGAAGUUGCAUCUGCUGGAUAUCCUGGUGGAGCUGAACAACAGAGUUUAUUCGCGGAACAGGACUCACCCUACGGAACAGUAUUUCGUCAUGUUGAAGCAUACCCUAAGGAAAAAGCUUUUUCUCUCUGACACCUAAAUACGCAAAGCCUAACUCGCAGCAGUUGUGCCCUAGGGAGACAUCCCUUUGAAUGCCAUCCAUUGGUUCCCCCUGUAAGGUCAAGAAUCACCAGCUAUGGUAGGAUUUUGUCCCCUCUUUGAGCCGCCAGGCACCCAAAGUUCAGAUAGAUAGGUGCUGAAUUAAAGGACAAUACAGUGGUACCUCUGGUUACGAACGGGAUCCGUUCCAGAGCCCCGUUCGCACCCUGAAAGGUCCGUAUCCUGAAGUGCCGAAUCUGCACAUGCUUGCUGCGCAAUUCGGCGCUUAUGUGCGUGACGUCAUUGGACGUGUCUGCGCAUGCACGAACCGCCGAACCCGGAAGUAACCCGUUCCGGUACUUCCGGGUUUGGCGCAUUCGUAUCCCGUGACGAACGCAACACGCAGUGUUCGCAACACAAGAUACGACUAAUCUAACGCAACAUAGCAGAUUAAUAGACAUCACUGACCACACCUCUUCAUUUUUAAACUUCUUUCUCACAACCCUUUUGAGAGUUUCCUUCUGCCCUUUUCUCCACUCCGGGGGGGGGGGUGUUCA